AUGCGGAACAGGACAAGUGGCGACCUCUUUGAUUCCGCGCCAAUCACCGCCUAUCACCGCCAAUCACCGCCUAUCCAGCCAGCAGCCACAGGCCCGUCACCGGAGGACGAGGCGUCGCUGUGGUCGCGCCUCACCUUCGCGUGGGUGGGGCCGCUGAUACGGCUGGGCAACGCCAAGGUGCUGCACGCGCCCGACCUGCCGCCCCUCUGCCCGCGCGACUCCACUGCUGCCGUCGCACCCUCGCUCAGGGCCGCGUGGCAGGCCGAGACGAACGCCACGCACAGGUGCUCCAGCAGAGUUGUAUUGGAUGCGUCACUUGUUGGCCCGCGUGCUAGUGACCGCAUUCGCGCUAGUGACCGCAUUCGCGCUAGUGACCGCAUUCGCGCUAGUGACCGCAUUCGCGCUAGUGACCGCAUUCGCGCUAGUGAGCGCAUUCGCGCUAGUGACCGCAUUCGCGCUAGUGAGCGCAUUCGCGCUAGUGACCGCAUUCGCGCUAGUGACCGCAUUCGCGCUAGUGACCGCAUUCGCGCUAGUGACCGCAUUCGUGCUAGUGACCGCAUUCGCGCUAGUGAGCGCAUUCGCGCUAGUGACCGCAUUCGUGCUAGUGACCGCAUUCGCGCUAGUGACCGCAUUCGCGCUAGCGAGCGCAUUCGCGCGCCCCUUCGUGGCAGCGGGCGCUCUGGAAUCUCCACUGCUCCCACCUGCUCCUCGCCUCGCCACUCUCUGCCCCUCAAGACUGCUUCUUUCCGCUUUCCCCCUCCCCCCUUUCUCCCCCUCUUUCCCUCUUCCCUCCCCCUCUCCCACCCACUGCCCCCUAUCUCUCCCCCCUGCCCCCAGGCAUCCCUCGCUGCCCCGUGCAUUGGUGAGCACAUUCGUGCGGCCCUUCAUGGCAGCGGGCGCACUCAAGCUCAUUCACGACCUGCUGCAGCUCGCCUCGCCGCUGCUGCUGCAGCAGAUCAUCCUCCACCUCAGCAUGACGUCAUUCCAUGUCAGCACAGCGCCCCCGCACUCAGCAGUCAACAGCUCAGCCGAAGGCCUCCUUGGUCCCUCGCUCUUCCUCCGCAACUCCUCGCUCCCCCUCCCCUCCACCCUCACACCCUCCCUCCACCGCUCACUCCUCUCCGCCCCCUCCACCCACCCCACGAUCCCUCGCCUCCCCACACCCAGAGCCCAAUCGCCAACGCCACUCUUGGCUUCACGGGCCCCCUCACACACUCCUCAACUCACCCACUCCCUUCCUCCUCCUCCUCGCACUUAUCCUCGUUAGUGGCCGCUUCACUACCAGCGUGGCUGCCGGGGCUGCUGCUAGCAGGGGUGUUGCUGGCGUGCAACGUGGGGCAGUCGCUCGUCGCCCAUCAGUACUUCCACCGCCUCUACCAGCCUCUCCUCCCAUGUGCGUUCCUCUCCUCCCAUGUGCGUUCCUCUCCUCCCAUGUGCGUUCCUCUCCUCCCAUGUGCGUUCCUCUCCUCCCAUGUGCGUUCCUCUCCUCCCAUGUGCGUUCCUCUCCUCCCAUGUGCGUUCCUCUCCUCCCAUGUGCGUUCCUCUCCUCCCAUGUGCGUUCCUCUCCUCCCACGUGCAUGCCUCUUCUCCUAUACAGCUGUACGUCCCUCUCACUCACACUCCAUUUCAUUUUCAUUCUCUCCCACCGCACUCCACCCCUGUGCAACCGCAUCCCCUGCCUCGUCCCAUCACGUCCUCCGCUCUACCCUUUCCAUACCGCAUCCCCAUGCAACCCACUCCACGCCCGAUUUACCCACCCCCCCUCCCCUCCCCCACUCCGCGCACGACAUGGACAUGGUGCGCGGCCACCAGGUGCGCACGGCGCUGGUGGCGCUCAUCUACUCCAAGGCGCUGCGCAUCUCCGCUGCCGCGCGCCACUCCACCAGCCUGGGGGAGAUUGUGAAUCUGCAGAGCAACGAUGCGGAGAAGCUGGCGAAGCUGUGCAUCUAUCUGCACAUCGUGUGGAGCGGCCCCCUGCAGAUCAUCGGUGCCUUGGCCUUCCUCUUUCGCUUCCUCUCUGUCAUCCCUGCCCUGGCGGGGCUAGCCACCAUGCUGCUGCUGAUGCCGUUCAACGGGGUGCUCAUGGGGCGCCUCUCCGCGGUGCGGCACCGCCUCAUAGCGCGCACCGAUGCGCGUGUGCGCCUGCUCUCCGAGGCCGUGGGGGCCGUGCGCGCCGUGAAGCUCAACGGGUGGGAGGCGCUGUUCAAAGGGCGCAUAGAGGCGAGGCGGGCGGAGGAGAUGAAGGAGAUCACUGUGUCCGUGCUGCUGGGUGGGUGGGUUUGCUGGCCCCGGGUUUGUGAUGCACGGGUGGGUGCUGUGCUGUGCCCCAUCGAGCCGGGCCAUGCAUGGGGGCCAUGCAUGGGGGCCAUGGUCCUUUUCGCCGACUACAUCACACCCAUGCUCGUCCGGUCCGUGGCUCCAUGCUCCCUGUGCCUCCUGUGUCCCCACCCCCACACACCACCACCAGAGGCCAUGGGGCUAUUCGUGUACUACCUCACGCCCAUGGUCGUCAGUGUCGUCUCCCUCGCCGCCUAUGUGCUGCUCGGCCGCCCGCUCACUGCCGACGUCGCCUUCCCCGCCCUCGCCCUCUUCAACCUCCUCAGGUUCCCCCUCGCCAUGAUUCCCGAUCAAAUCAACGACUACGUGCAAGCCAAGGUCUCCGCGGGCCGUGUUGAAAAGUUUCUGCUGCUGCCCGAGAUCGUUCCUUUGGAAGAGGAGCCGGGCAGCCAGAAGGGUAGCAUAAAGCUUUGCAAUGCCUCUUUCUCCUGGGGAGGUGGGGCAGGCGAAGUGGAGAGCGCCAGUGAUGCUGAUGGCAGUGGCCGCAAUGAUUCGAGCACUAUUGGUGCUGGUGGCAGCGGUGGCAGUGGCAGUGCUGUGGCAGUGGGUGCGAAUGGCAUAGCUUGUGAUGGUGGUGGGCGAGGUGAGCUCACCUCAUGCACAUUCGCUCCCAACCUCACUCGUCAUCCGCUCUAUCCGCUCUACUCUGUUGGCUUCUUACCGUCCUCUCCUCUCCUCUUCGCAUGUGGCUGCCGGCAAGUCAUCUCUGCCUGCCAGGGACUAGGGGGAAGGGAAUCAGUAGGGGCGGGCAAGUCGUCACUGCUGGCGGGGCUGCUGGGGGAAAUUACUCGCGUGGCGGGCAGUGUGUCCGUGGCAGGCCGCGUGGCGUACACCAGCCAGGACCCCUGGAUUCUCAAUGCCACGGUGCGCGACAACAUCCUCAUGGGGGCGGCGGGCGACACAGCGGCCGCAGUGGACGAGGGGCGGUACCAGCGAGCCAUAGACGUGUGUGCGCUGAGGCACGACCUCGCCAUGCUGGCCGGCGGUGACCUGGCUGAGAUCGGCGAGCGCGGCAUCAACCUGUCGGGGGGGCAGAAGCACCGAGUGGCGCUGGCGAGGGCGGUGUAUGCGCGGGCCGAUGUGGUGCUGCUGGACGACCCGCUCAGUGCUGUUGACACUCAUGUGGGCCGCCACCUGUUCACAGAGUGUAUCUGCGGUGAGCUGGCGGGGACCACGCGUGUGCUGGUGACACAUCAGCUGCAGUAUGCAUCGCAUGCUGACGUCAUCAUCGUCAUCAGAGCCGGCCGUGUGACUGCCAUGGGCACAUUUGACGAGCUGCAGGCCAGGGGCGUGGACUUGGCAUUGUGGGACGAGAAGCAGCAGGAGCCGGAUGAGCAAGGCAAGGCCACAUGGCAAGACGGCCCUGCUGCUGCUCCUGCUACUGCUGUCACUGCUGCGACAGCACCUGAGCCACGUGCGAGCAGCAGCGAGGCAGCACAUACACCCAGCAGCAGCAGCAGCAGCAGCAGCAGCAGCGGCAAUGGCAAAACAGGGAGGGUGGGUGGUGGAAGCACGAGCAAUAGCAGGGGUGCUUCAGAAGGCGACAACAACAACGACCUCACACGCCCUCUGCUGGCUCACUCCCCCACAUCCGCACAUCCAGCAGCCAGCACCACCGCCCCUGCUGCUCGUAGUGGCAGUGCAGGCAGCAGCGGUGGCAGUGCAGAGGGUGGGAAGAAGCAGAGGGCGGUGGGGCAGCUGGUGGAGGAGGAGGGGCGAGCAGAGGGCGGGGUGGCAGCAGGCGUGUACUGGGAGUACCUCAGGGCGUGGGGCGGGCGGGCGGGGUGGCUCAUGCCAGUGCUGGUGCUGGCGGUGUUCGGGGUGUCGCAGUCACUCAAAGUGGCCAGUGAUGCCUGGCUCGCUGAUUUGAGUUGGGCAGCCACAGCUUGUUUCUGUCCCUCUGCUUCUCACCAGCCUGAUUGCUCUCUGUCUGCUUUCAUCGUCACAAUCAAUUUGUUCACCAGGCAGUGGGUUUCUUUCCCCUCUCCCCUGCCCCCUCUCUCCUCGCACCAGCUCGUCUACAGCCUCGCCACUCUGGCCACAGGGCUCCUCUCCUCCCUCCGUGGGGUGCUGCUUGCCUUGGGUUGCCUCACAGCAGCACGCUCGCUGCACUCGCGCCUGCUGGCCCGAGUGCUGCGCCUGCCCAUGGCGUUCUUUGACUCACAGCCAUCAGGCCGCCUGCUGAACCGCUUCACGCGGGACAUGGAGCAGAUGGACCUGCAGCUGCCCGACACGCUGCUUUCCUACCUCUCCUGCCUCUUCCAGGUGGUGUUUGCCAUCGUGGUGAUAGUCAUCGUCACGCCGCCCUUUCUUCUGCCACUCAUCCCGCUGCUCCUCCUCUACCGCCGCAUCCAGACCGUCUACAUCGCCGCCUCACGUGAGCUCAAGCGCAUCGACUCGCUGGCCCGCUCGCCCAUCUUCGCGCACUUCAGCGAGACCCUCACCGGCCUCUCCACCGUGCGUGCCUUCCGCCGCCAGCGCGCCUUCUCCGCGCGCAACAGCCUCAACCUCGACCGCGCCUCCCAGGCCUACCUCGCAGCCAUGGCGUCCAACCGCUGGCUCGGGCUGCGUCUGGAGCUGAUCGGCGCGUCGAGCGUGUUUGCCACCGCGUGCUUCUGCGUGGUGGGUGGCGUGGCUGCUGCAGCUGCAGCCGCGGCGGCAGCUGGUGGAGGGGGGAGCAGCAGCAGCACGGGCUCUUGGGCUGCUGGCUUUGCAGGGCUGGCGCUGACGAGUGCGCUAUCGAUCACGGGGUACAUGAAUUGGAUGGUCAGGAUGAAUGCUGAGCUGGAGUCGCAGAUGAACGCUGUCGAGCGCAUUCUCGAGUACACCACUCUGCCCACCGAGGCACCAGAUGUGGUCGAAUCUCGCCGCCCGCCUGCGGACUGGCCGCAGCAAGGAGUGAUAGAAGCAGAGGGAGUGGUGGUGAGGUACCGCCCGGAGCUGGCUCCUGUGCUGAAAGGACUCACCUUCUCCAUCCGGGCAGGUGAAAAAGUGGGAGUGUGCGGGCGCACGGGCAGCGGAAAGACGACACUAACCAUGGCGCUGUAUCGAAUAGUGGAGCUGAGUGCAGGGCGGAUAGUGAUCGACGGCAUUGAUGCCGCGAGCAUCGGGCUGUGGGACUUGCGGUCGCGCCUCUCCCUGGUGCCACAGGACCCGGUGGUCUUCUCCGGCAGUAUCCGCUGGAACCUCGACCCCUACACUGCGGUGGCAGGGGACACGGAAGGGGACGGGAAUGUGAGGAGGGGGGGACAUCAGGAGGGGAAAAGCGACGGGGGAGGGCUGCGAGGAGAUGUGGAGUUGUGGGAGGCGCUGACGCAAGCAGGUGUGGCGGAUGCCGUGCGGGCGUUGCCAGGUCAGCUCGACGCUGAGGUGGCAGAGGGCGGCGGGAACCUGAGUGUGGGGCAGAGGCAGCUGCUGUGCCUGGCACGCGCGCUGCUGCGGCGCUCGCAUGUGCUUGUGUUGGACGAGGCCACAUCGAAUGUGGACACGGCAACAGACGCAGCAGUGCAGGCAGCGGUGAGGGGAGGGGCGUUUGCAGCGUGCACGGUGAUCACCAUCGCCCACCGCCUGCACACCAUUGUGGACUGCCACCGGGUCAUGCUGCUGGAGGAUGGACAGGUGGCGGAGCUUGAUUCGCCGGCGGCGCUGCUGCAGGAGAGGUCGUCGAGGUUCUCAGCGUUUGUGGAUGCCACGAUGCCAAGAGAAGCUGCUGCUCUGCGCCGAAUUGCUUCGGCAAAGUCUGUGGCGGCGAGCGAGGGAUGA